GCGAUCAAAAUGUCUAACUACACGAUGCAAGACUACUUUUCAAGGGUCGUAAGGAUCUGAAAGGCUUCUGCGUCAGAGUAUAUAAAGCAUCAUAAUUCCUCAUCCCUACUAAGUCAUCAGCAGUUUCCUCUCAUCUUCUCCUGUUCGUUCAAUAAUUACAUAACGAAACCACCGACAAGAUGAAAUUCUUGGCAUCCAUCGCCCUCCUUGCCGGAGCUACGCAGGCCUUUAAGUGGAAGGACGUCCACCAACCGGGCGACGGCGACGUAUCCCGCCGGGAAGGUUCUUACUACGUGAUCGAGUGGGACCCUGAAGGCAGCGAGGGUACAUUCGAGCUCCAGAUGCGCUCCUUCAAUAACACCCCUACCAUCAUCCCUGGUCCAACGCCCUCAUCCUUUCCUACAUAUGAUUACCAUUGGCAGACUACUGUCCUCAACCCCUCUGUGAAAUAUUCCGACAAACACUAUACGUGGCUGGUUACGCCACUAAAUGGCCGCGCAGGGGACGAAUUUACUUAUCGCGUUUCAGGACAGACUGCCGCUGGCGAGUCGCUUCCUUAUGCUCGCCCUUGGGAACUCAUCCCCAAUGGUUACGUUUGCAAAGUCGUCCAAUAGACCGUCGUGGAAUAAUCAGAGAAGCAGGUUCUGGUACGAGGGAUAGUUGUAUGGCGUAAUUUG